AUGGAUGUUGUCAUAUGGCUCACAGCUGCCGUUCUGGCGGUGUGUCUCUCCAUGGCGGUGGGCACGGCAGUGUGCACCUUUCGUGACAGCCUUCGACUGCUAGAAGAGCGAAAACCAUGCGGCGUGAAAUGGGAACCCAAUGUCGAGGAUGGCCAGGCCUUUGAUCAUUCCGUACCUGUGGUGCCUGCUGCGGGACCAGAGACUUGUACCAUUUGCUUGGAGGAGAUUGAAGAAGGCCAGCCUUGCCGUGAGCUGGAGUGCAAGCAUGCAUUCCAUGCAGACUGCUUGCAUGCUUGGUGGGAGCGCUGUGCCAGAUCCAAGUCGAGCUGCUCUUCCAAGAUUCAACAAGUGAGUUGCCCAAGCUGCCGACAAGUACAGGUCUUUGGAAGAUCAAGCAAACAGACAGAGCCGAAGCUUGAAAUGGUUUGCCAACAUGUUUGA